AUGGAUUCAAACAAUAAUCCUAGUCAGUCUCAAUCAUACUUUAGUCUUCUUAACUUCCCUUAUGAUAGAUUCUCUCCCAGUGUAAACUUCUCCUCUUCUCAAACCCAAACCCCUUUUCUUAGUCCACAACCGAGUUCCCAGCCGAGUCAACCUCCUAGUCAAGCAGAAGAGACACCAGAAGAGCGUAGAGAGAGAAGGAUAUGGUCCACACAAGAUGACUUAGUCCUAAUAAGUGGCUGGUUAAACACAUCGAAGGAUUCCAUUGUUGGCAAUGACCAAAGGGGUGGGUGCUUUUGGAAGCGUAUAGCCGAUUAUUAUGCAUCAAGUACUCAUGUACUUGAUGGUGCUGAGCCAAGAAACCAUGAGCAUUGUAGACAACGGUGGCAAAAGAUUUCUCGCGAAGUGAGCAGGUUCUGUGGAACCUAUGCAGAUGCAAAGGGUGAGAAAGCUAGUGGGAUGAAUGAUUUGGACAUUCUGCAGAAUGCUCACAAAAUCUUCACUUUGCUGUAUAAGAAGAAGUUUGGUUUGGAGUAUGCGUGGAAUGUCCUGCGGUUUGAACAGAAAUGGUGCGACCACACCCCUAUGAACCCAACUCCGAAGACAACCAGCUCUAACAAGAGAAAAGCCGAUGAUGCAGCACCAUCUACAGUAUCUGUUGUUGGUGAGCAUGAGAGCAGGCCUCCUGGUAUAAAGGCCAUGAAAAGGUUAAGGAACAAAGGGAAAGACAAGGAUGCCCCAGCUUCGAACAUUAGUCAGAUAUGGGAGAUCAAACAGAAAGAUUUGGACGUGAAGAAAGAACUCCAAAAGAUGUCACUUCUUGAUACCCUCAUUGCCCGCAAUGACACUCUUGAUGAAGAUGAGAAAGUCAUUAAAAAGAGCCUAAUGCCCCAUUACUAUGCUCUGCAACUUGGUCUUGCUGAGGUUGGAUACACUGGCUGUGAAGAGGAGGCUCAAGCUGAACCUGAUUACGGAACACAACUGAUGCAGCUCAGGGAUCUGCAAAGCCUUGCAGACCAGAGGGUGGUGCACCUGGAGAGGGUUUCAGAGCAGAGGUUGGUCAACCUGGAGAGGCUUGUUGCUGAGUUAG